AUGUCUGCAAUGGAGGGAUAUGUUUCAGUUAAAUAUGAGAACCCAGGACCUCGACCUAAUGAAAUAGAAAUAUUUCAUCUUGAUGAAGAAGGAAAAUCUUAUGAACCGCUAGAAUUAGUAGAACCCAACAAACCAAAAACAUUUAAAAUUUAUAAACAAAGAGGACAAUAUUUUAAGAUUGGUAAUGAUGAAACAUAUCUGGAAGAAAUUAGGAAUAAUCAAGGUCCACUUCAGAAAACAGUGCAGUUACAAUAUACUAUAAACCUGGAGUAUGAAUUCAUUCCUGAUCAAGGAAAUGGCGAAGGUGAUGAUGCUGGUUAUGCUGAUAUGAAAAAAUAA